GAGCGUUUGACUGUGAGUCUUGGUCUACCUUGUGCCUGGAAAGCAAGUGGGAAUAACUUGCUCUUCCUUCUAAAUACUUCAAGGUGAAAAGAAAAUGCGUUUACUUAGUGGAAAAGUAACACCAUGACCUCCUUUUUCGGUUAACGAUUGAUAUAUCAUAAUCGAGAGCGAACUUCCUCCACAGUCACAAUGAAGAAAAUUUUCUCGAGAAGACUUCUGUUCCUCCAUGUCGCCCUUGCCGUCGUCCUCCUGUACCUUGCCUUCGUGGGAUUCUCCAACAGGCCCUUCGAGGAACAGGUCUUGAGGCCUUUGGAGGCAAAGGCCGAGCGGGAUACGAUGGGACUUGAAGGCGAAGGCAUGGUUGAUGAAACAAAGAGGAGGAGGAAAGGCAAAGCAGUUUAUAUUUUAGGACACAGGAAGGAGAGAGUUAAAAAGAAGGUGUUUGCGAAGGAAAAGAGUAACAGGGAUGUUUUACCUUCGCUUGAGCCGUCAGGAGGAUCCGCUCUGUUGAGUCUCGAUCUCGCAGAGUAUAGUCCAGAGGACCGCGCAGUGCUAACCAACCGCCUUGGAAUCCUGAGAGCGCGCGCGUCUGCACUCUCCCGUGUCUGCAGUUCGACUCCCGCUCUCUUCGAAAUGCCGUCCAGAGACCCCUUUCUCUGGGACACGAAACAUACUCCGAAUAUUGUCUGGUGUCCUGUGUAUAAGGUCGCUUCUACAACCUGGAUGAACAACUUUUUCAUCCUCGCUAAUCGUAGCAACAUCAAUAAAAGUCUUCUUCAAAAGUUUAACGAAACCAAGCAGAAGAAAGAACAAAGGGGAAUUAACAUGACGCAAUCCUUUGACCACAAACUCGUUCGUGACAUGUAUCCUGCGCCCCGGUUGCCUGAAGAGAGAGCAAAGGUCUUGAAGAACAGUAUGAGGGUAAUCAUCGUUCGGCACCCUUUUACCAGGAUUCUCUCGGCAUAUCGGGACAAAAUGCUCAGCGAAAUUCCCGGUCCACCGAAGUUUAACUUCAAGGAACUGCAGUCCCGCAUAGUGAAGAAUUACCGGAAACCUAACAGCGCAGACAAUUCAAAGUUUCCAAGUUUCCCCGAAUUUGUUCAGUUUGUCAUCGAUUCCACGAAGAGUUUCAAUAGCUCUAAGGACUGGAUAGAACAGGUAAAAUGCUGGCUGCCUUACUGGGUUCGUUGCAGCGUGUGUUCGUUCGAUUAUAAUGUUAUCAUGAAAUUAGAAACCAUAGAGGAGGAUAAGAGGUUUCUAGUAACCCUCUCGCGCCUACACGAACUCAGGGUCAAGGACCAGUGGGUGCACCUCAAGAACGCGACCUCCUCCUCCACUCUGGCGGCCAAGUAUUACAAGCAAUUAACUCGACGCCAAAUUUUACAAUUAUACGAACGUUAUGAACCGGAUUUUAAGCUUUUCCAGUAUGAUGUCAAAGACUAUUUAGAUAAUGCUAAAGAUUCUAAAUGAAGGUAAUGAGGUAAUAGAAAUAAUUGAUGGGAAUGUGAACUCAUGAAGCAGUUUAGAAAUCACUUGAAGUUUGUAUUCAAUUCAGGGGUUUUCUGAUUCUAGGGAACCUUGUUUUUUUUACACAGUUCUAUGUGUAAUGUUCUCUAUGGAUAUUCCCUCUCAUGAAGCCUUCCAUGUUGGCUCAAUCGACAUGUCUUCUUUGUUGUAAUUUGCAUUGUCACCCUAAUCACUUGAUUAGCAACAGUUAUCGAAUUGUAGGUUGGUGUAGCGCAAGAAACCCCAAUUUGUU